CUGCCGCGCACGCCGGGCAUCCGCCGCGCGUCGCUGUCGUACGACGCCGAGGUGCCGCUCGAGGACCAGCGCGAGGGCGGCAGGCAGAGCGCCGCGCAGGAGGCGCGCGAGGAGACGCUGGCCUGCUGGCUAUUCGCGCUCGUGGGCGUGGGCUACCUCUUCCCCUUCUCGGCGCUCACGCAGCCCGUGGACUACUGGCACCUGCUCUUCCCGGACUUCAACAUCGAGUUCGCGCUCACGUCCACCUUCAUGUACACGAACCUGGCCUUCCUCGGCGUCAUCGUGCUGCUCUUCGGGGGCAAGCCCUGGUACACGGGGCGCAUCGUGGGCGGCUUCCUGGGGCAGCUGCUGGUGCUGGCCUUCGUGCCCACGUCCUACUUCCUGCUCACGUCCGAGCACGCUAAUGCUGUCGCGGUGCUGGGCGGCACCGCCGUGGCCUCCAUCGCUACCGCCUUCAUCGACAGCUCCACCAUCGCGCUGGUCUCGCAGUACCCGCAGCGCGUGCAGGAGAGCUUCCAGCUCGGCGUGGGGCUCAGCACACUCAUCGGCAGCCUCUACAGAGACCUGACCAAGCUCGUGUUCCCGGCUGAUCAGCUGCUGGCCUCGUCGCUCAUCUACUUCUACACGGGCGCGCUCACCAUCGGGCUUUGCAUCGGCGCCUUCUACAAGGUCAUGGCGCUCUGGAUCACCAGGAAGUAUCUGCUGCGCAAGGCCGACAGCAGCGUGGAGCUGACGGAGCGUUCCCCGCUGCUGACGACGGAGAAGCGGCAGUCUGGUAGCGAUCCAUGUAGCAUCGUUGGACCCGCCCCCACCAAGUGGAGCGUGCUGAGGAAGGUGUGGCACCUGGAGGCGCUCAUCUUGGCCGUCUUCCUCGCCAGUCUCUCGGUCUGGCCGCCGCUCGUGACGGAGAUCAAGACCUACAACUUCCCGUCGCUGCAGGAGAGCGGCUGGUGGUCGCUCAUCCUGCUCACGCUCUUCUCGGUCAGCGACUGCGUCGGCCGAUUCGUCGUGAACCACCGCUUCGGCCUCACGCCCGGCAACGUGUGGAUCCCGAUCAUGGCGCGUUUCGUGUUGGUGCCGGUCAUUAUCGGCAUCGUCAAGGGCUGGUGGCUGCAGAGCGACAUUUGGUCCGUGCUCAGCGUGCUGGUGCUCGGCUUCGGGAAUGGGUACUUGGGCACGCUGACCAUCAUCUUCGUGAGCGAGAGCGUGCACUCGGACGAGCAGCACCUCAUUGGCCCCUUCACGAGCUUCUUCCUGAACUCUGGGCUCGUGCUGGGCUCCACGGUUGGGCUUGUGUUGGAGAAGGUGGUGCUGGGGUAAUAGAUGACACACGAGUUCGACUAACACUCGGAGAUGCAAACAAAGAAUUUUUUAACAG